AUGGAUACGGCAUACGAUCAUCUUGGUGCAAUUACAGCUGCACCAGAAAAGACUGCAGAGCCAAUUAUGGAGACCACGAGCGUCAGUGACGAUAAAAGUUCUUCUUCUCCUUCUGUAGCAGAAUCUGAUAAGCCAACAGAGGAAGAUAAAAAGGAGGACAAGUCUACCGAUGAAAAGAAGAAAACUACACCUACCCCUGAGCCAUUGGUCCCUGCAGCAGCCGCUGAGGCGUUUGAUAAGGCCGCGGACCAGCUGGAGAACUCAAUCAACGCAUGGGGGAGUGCUCUGGGCGGGUUCUGGAGCAAGGUCAAGAAACAAGGAGGUGAGACUUUGAGCAAGACUAUUCGGGAGACCAAGCUUGAGUUACAAGGGCUUAAGAGUGAGCUGGAUGAUUUGAUUGGAGAUACUGUCAAGAAGGGGGUUGAAGGAGAAGAAACUAAGGAGGAGGUGGAGGUUGAUAAGAAAGAAACUACAACAGAAAAUGCAUCAGAAGAAUCAAAAACAGAAAAACCUCCAUCUAAAGGUAGCUUUUUUGAUUCGAUUGCAUCGGCCGCACAGAAAUACGUGGACGAUUUGGACAAGGACCUUGAGCAGCUGGAGAACCGUGCUGGAAAACGGUUACUGCAGAUGGGAACCGAUUUGCAGAGCGUUUUAAAGGAUGCAGUUAUUGUUUCUGGACCUUCAGCUGAGGCUAAAGCAGCUUCUUCUGGUGAGGUUUUGUUUCAUGUGCCUGAAGAUAUUCGAGACCAAAUUUAUACCACACGUGUGGAUGCACAGCUUCAUGCGCUGCACACGACGGCUGCUCCAUUUACGAGCACGGAGGCACCAGGCCCUGGGUAUGCGGAGUUUCAGAAGACAUUUGAUGUUGAGGGUGCGACAGAGCGGAUUGCCGGGGAUCUUAAGCAGUACCCGAAGCUGAGGGGGUUGAUGGAGAGCGUUGUUGGGCCUGGGAAGGUAUCAUAUGGCGAGUUUUGGGCACGGUAUUACUAUAUGCGUGGAGAGAUUGAGGCGCAGGAACAAAAGAGGAAAACAUUACUACAGUCUGCAGCUGAGGGCAAUAACGAGGACGAGGAGUUUAAUUGGGGAGAUGAUGAUGAUGAUGAUGGUAAUGAAGAAGAAGAAGAAGAUGGGGAUAAUGAAAAGAAGAAGAAGAAGUCAGAGGUCAAGUCAGAGGUUGAGCCUGAAGUUAAAUCGGAGGUUAAGCCAGAGGUUAAGUCUGAGAUUAAGCCAGAGAUUAAGCCAGAGGUCAAGCCAGAGGUCAAGUCAGAGGUCAAGCCAGAGGUUAAGCCAGAGGUCAAGUCUGAGGAUAAGACUACUGGUGAUGAUGUGAAUGAAGAUGAUGGAGAGACUAUGACAGUGAAGGCAUCACCUAAGGCAUUUCCAAUUGGCACUGGAUCGGCGCCUGGGUCUUCUCGUCCGUCAUCGGAAGCAUCUUAUGACUUGGUUUCCAAGACGCCUUCAAUUUUGGAUUUGCCUAGUAAGGUGAAGGAGGCUGAGCUUGAGCUGAACAAGAAUGAUGAGAGUAAGGCUGUCAAGGAGAGUGUGAGUGAUGAGGAUAGUGAUGAUGAUUGGGAGUAA